CUGCCAAUCAGUGCGUGCGAAAAUACCGAUAUUUACCGGUGUUGCGUAAAAUAUUUUGAACAAUUUUGCUAAUGCUUGAGAGACUUUGGAAACUUAAUCUUUUCCUUGUUGGCUGGCUAAAUCGUCAGUGUUGUUCAUAGGAGAAGUCAAGCGAAAAUAUAGCAGUCUGUGUAGGCCAAAAUAAAGGUAUCGGUGUGUUUUUCACCCUUGCUGAUUUUAGCCAAUCAUGAGGCGAGUAAUAACUGGAAUAAUUCCACUAUUAUGUCACUGUUUUGUGUUCGUGCCUACGGCACCAGUCAAGAUUACUUCAGUUAUUUUCUCUGGUGCUUUCAAGCGUUCUGGUGAUUGUUAGGCUUUUUCGAAAAUAAAAUGCUGUAGCUGAAAAUAAUCCUUUUUAGCAAAAUUUGGAAUCAAGAAGCCAUUUAAGGUUUGACAGCAUAAUCUCAUCUUGUAGCGCGCCGAACAGAAACACUGCCCUGCCAUGUAUAGUUUCAGAUUUCUUGCGACGCUCAGUGUUUUCCUAGGAUUUUGUAUUUUGGUUUUUCAAAUUCGACCGUCCUCUUCCAUGCCAAUAGAAGGAGAUAACUUAGACAAAGACAAGGCAGGAUCAGGGGAUGACGUCAUAGAUGACGGGGAUAGAGGUGAUAAUAAAAUCGAUGAUGAAGAUGACGAUGAUGAUGCUAACGACGAUGACGACGUGACUAUCACUGAUAAUGACGUCAAAGAAGCUCUAGCUGCGUCAAGUGGAGAGCUACCCGCAAGCGGUCAACCAAUUAGCGACGUAGAAGCUUCUGGUAGCCAUUCAGAAGCGCCUGUCACCCAGUCACAGGGCAAAGACAACGAUACUGUUGUAAAAGGCGAAAGCGAGGAUCAGAAGACAGCAAGCGAUUCGCAGAAGCUCGUCAGCGAGCCACCAAAGGAAGACGUCCAGGCUCCACCGCAAGACAACUCGGCCCAGAAAGUCGAGGAAGAAGCUCCAAAAGAAGAAGAAGAUGCUGAUAAAGAACAAAGCAAGCCUGAACAGGUUGAAAAUGUUGAAGACAUCAACGCCGAGACUCCACCACCAGCUGAUAGCGACAAACAAGCUACUGAUUCUACCGUGCAAGACGAUGAUACACCACCACCUGAUGAAACCCAACAAAUGAAAGAAGCUCAAACAAAAUACGCUGAAGACCAACAAGAGGAAAAAGCCUUAUCUUAUCUAGCAAAUGCUCGUCAAAGCGGAGUUUACUCAUCGCCGUCUCAAAGGACUGUCAUAUGCAAAGACACGAUCCAGAAAAUCUCCUGCCCGCCCGAGCAGAGGAUAAGAAUCUUAAACGCUGAUUAUGGUGAUACGGGUGAUGUGGGAUGCCUGAAAGAAGCUAAUCCGAUGCCUUCCGGCAUGUGUCGCACGCCUGGAGCGUAUGAGACAGUGAAGAGACAGUGUGAUGGCUUGGAGGACUGUAAUUUGCUCGCUAGUAACGGCGUGUUUGGAGACGCGUGCCCUGACGCAAACAAAUACCUGGAUGUGAACUACGACUGCGUAAAUAAUCCGGUACCGUACCCAGCCGCUCCCGCUCCAGGAUACAAUCAAGCUAGUUACCAGCCCUCCCCGCAGUAUGUGAAUCCUCCGCCUCCGCCGGUCGCCUAUGCCCCAGCACCCUAUCAAGCUCCACCUCCUGCUGGAUAUGCCCCUGCCAUGGGACUCCCGAAUCUUUUACCCUCAAGCCCGUAUGUACCGCCCGACCCGUGCAGCCCGUGCAACACGUGCGCCCAGUGCUCGUUACCAGUCUGCAGCCCGUGUACUCAGGCAUGUCACGCGUUGACGUGUCCUCCGCGCAUCCCAGCUAAACUACAGCCUUUGUGGCAACAAUGGAAUGAAAGAACCGCAGACAUGAGCCGAAUGGAAAUGGCAGCGCUCAUCAUUUCACCUCUGCCAAAACUUGCCGCUCCCACAAAAGCACCGGAAACAACCGAGGCGUCAGGUGCAGCCGAGGGGUCUGAAUCCGAGUCAGGUGACGAAACCACUGACGAGGAUGCUCUGUACGAGGCCAGCAAGAGGUCUGGAAUCCAACGAGUGAAAUCACAGCCAAAAUCGAAAAAGACUACUUUGACUGCGCAUAAAAAAGCCCAUAAUAAGGAGGACAGCGAGCAAGGGUUUCUAAGAAACAGUGACUUAAUGGUCUCCUCUGGAGAUGCAAGCAGCGGCUCAUCAACAUGAGGUGUGGAAAUAGAAAUACGCUGAGUGCUCCUUUAAACAAGACCAUAUCCAAGAGGAACCGAAAGUGUUCAGUGCCACCGCAACGUUUGACGCAUAGAGAAGUUGUGAAACGUUUUGACAUUAGGGAACUUAUUUUGUUAACUCAGUUAAAGAAAACCGGGCAAACGAAAGUCGCGACUUCACUGUAAGUGUUUGCCACUCUGUGAACGCCUGAUAUGUUCGUUCUUUAGUCGAUACGGGCGAACAGACGUAAAAAGUAGAAAAAUGAAAAUUAAUGUUAUUUGAAAAUAUUAGAAAACAAAUCUGGCGUUUUCCAUUCAAGGGAAACUUUAAAAUAACUAACUAGCUCACAAACUUGGCAUUUACAUGGGAAUGUGAUUAUUAACCUUUGUAAAAUUUCAAUCUCUUAGACGCCACAAAAUAAUUUGGACCGUCGAGUAACGCUCCUGUUAGUGUUGCGUGACAGCUAAAGCAAUGUCUGCGAAGUGCAAUGCUUCUUGCAGAAAUCCCCAAAAUUCAAAGAUAUAAAUAGUGUUAUGAUGUAUAAAGCUAUAAUUUUUAUUUGAAACGGGGAUUAAAAUGUAUGGAGUGGGAUCUACUAAGCUGCUUUAGUUGAAUAUUACUGAGUGAGCAAGACUGCUGACGUGACUGUGAAUAUAUUUUCAUUCAUAUGUUACAUUAUUGUAAAUACGAUUAUCAAGAUGUUGGUUGGAAAACUUUAUUUUUAAUAAUAAACCACUGAAAACAUU